AUGGCUGUUGUCUAUUGUCGUCCUGAUACCUACACUGAUCGUUAUGAUAACAUCGACUUAGACGAGAUAUUAGGAAAUCGUCGCUUACUAAUUCCUUAUAUCAAGUGCAUUUUAGAGGAAGGCAGGUGCUCACCCGAUGGAAAAGAACUUAAAUCACAUAUCAAAGAAGCAAUGGAAAAUGAUUGUGCGAAAUGUACCAAAAAACAGCAGGAGGGAACAAAAAAAGUGAUUGGACAUCUCAUCAACAAAGAAAAAGAUUAUUGGCAACAGCUUGUUGCGAAAUAUGAUCCCGAACACAAAUAUGUUGAUAAAUAUGAAAAGGAACUACGUGCGUAA